AAGAUAAUUUUUUCACUCCCACGCACCAUCCGUCUCAUCACUUUCUUCCAUGGCUAAACGCUCUUGCCUUUCCGAUCAUUCCCCUAGGGUUUCAAAGCGUGAUUACUAUCACUUAAACAUCGAUUCGCUGUUGGAGUCCUUGCUUGCUGUCUCCGAUUCCGCUUUAAUCGAGGCCUCAUUCGAUGGCCUCGUUGAAUCUAGGUCUGCCUAUUCCGAUCAAAACGAAUUUAUACAACGUGCUCUCCAUAUCGGAUCCGUCCUGCUCGAAGUUGGCAAGAGAUAUGGUCGUAAACUUUCCUCCGUCCAUAAUGCAUCUUUCUGGCCUCUCCCUCCUGACCUCACAAUCAAGGUUUUUUCCAUGCUUGAUACGCCAAGCGUUUGUUCUGCCUCGGCUACAUGCUUGUUUUUUCAGAAUUGUGCUAAAGAUCCUUUGUGUUUUGCUAAUAUUGACUUGGCUAUACCCAAGGUCAACGUUGUUGUGGUAACUACAAUGAUUCAACGAGCUAGAAAUGCGCUUCAGUCUAUUAAGCUUGUUGAAGUACCACCUGAGCUAUCAUUAAACAAGCAAGGAAAGAAAUCAUCUAUCUUGACAAGGUCUUGCUUGGGUUUUUUGGGUGCCAAUGGUGGUGCAUCUGGGUCUCAUUUGAAAAGGUUGCAUCUUCACAAUAUUAAAAUGAUGGAUAACACAGCACUUCUUGCAUCAUUGUCAGUUUGCCCGUCUCUCGUUGAUCUCGAAAUUGUGGGUUUGGAUGUUGAUGCGAGUUCUACACUGAAGUUUGUGAGUAGACAUUGUCGCUUGAUAGAGCGUUUUGUCUUUGACCUUUCAAAGUCAAAGGACUCCAUGGGUAGACUAAUGAAGCGUCGCCUUUUUGAUGACGAAGGAAAUUUUAUAGGAAACUCAGCCUGCGAAGAACUUGUGCUUAAUUGCCCUAAGAUAACCACUUUGGCACUGAAAGGAUGUAGAUUGAGUGACUACAAUGCUCACAAGCUGUUGAAGGGGUUUCACGAGUUGAAAUAUGUCGACUUUUCAACAUCUUGUUUCUUCUCUGGUUCCUUUUUAAACAAAGGUGAUGGAAAUAAUUUGGAGGUCAUGAUUUUACGCAACUGUUCAAGACUCAAAAAAGUGGAGGUUAAGAAGUUGAUGAAAGCUCUUCUUGCAGGAAAGUUCAGGCUCCUAAGGCAUCUUGACAUAUCGAAUGAUGAAGAUAUAGCAUAUAAUGGUCACUUGGAGGGUGUGAGUGCCAUUCUCAUAAAGCAACUGUUGGAACAAAGACCUAAUUUCUGUUUGGUACCUGAAUUUUCCAAACUCAAUUCGGUGAAUCAUAUGAUGGAUGAUGAUUUAAGCAGCCCUACAUCUGAUGCAUCAUCCUCCACGAGCACAUCCACAUCAUCUGACUCAUCAUCCUCCAUGAGCACAUCCACUACAUCUGAUUCAUCAUCCUCCACAAGCACAUCCAGUAGCAGUUAAAUAGUGAUCUUGAGUAGCGGUAACUUGGUGAUUUGGAUCGGAUAAUAUGGUUUGGAUAUUCGGAUUGGUUUUGAUCAAACCAAAUUAUUAUUUUAGAUUUAAGAUCGAUUUUGGUUAGUAAAAUGAAAACAGAAAACUCUAAACAACGAAUAACCUCGGCUUCAUAUUUAUUUAUUUAUCGUUUAUUAUUAGUAAUACGUAUCUUCAUUCA